AUGAACGCAGCUAAUGGCUUGAUUGAAGCCCUGCUGAGGCUGCCGCCAUCACUGCCGGGGCCAGGUGGUAGCUUCCUCCUGCCGCCCAGUGCGGGCUUGGACCUUCUGGGAUGUUCGCAGAACACAGGCAAUUUCUUCAUGAGUCAAGGUUUGCCAGCGAUGCAAAGUCCGUUCAAAGCUUCUGGAAGCUCUGCAAGUUGUCCGCCAAGUAGCUUUGGCCUUGCGCACAGCCCUUUGCCCGGCGGCAGCUUCUACAACGCCGGCUUGGGACCGCAUGGUGGCAGCUUCUUGCCAGCAACUCAAUACUGA